UGGGCAAGAUGAAACACCCUGGCUUGUGAGCCACAAUUCCUGAGGAUUACUCUUGAAAUCCUGAGGGUAGAACGAGCAGUUAUCCCUCGGGACCCAACCUAAUAAUCUAGUGCAGGUGGAGAGAGUGAGUUUAAGAGCCUCUACACUAGUCAUCAGAAGAAAAAUCACAUGAACUUUAUUCAAAACCUUCCAAUCUGAUAGGCCCAGCCAGAGAAGAAAGGGUCACCUCCAUCAUGAUAAAGCAUCAGAGGGGAAGACCUUUAGUGCCUGUAACAUGGUGGGAAAAGUUGCUGGACUUGGCAUCACAAGAAUAGCGGUCAAGUCUCAGACCUGCUGUUGCUGUUUGGUGGUUAGAUGACCUUUGGCAUUCUACCCCACCUUUGUGACUCUUCGUUCUGUUCUAACUGUGUCAUGGCAACAGAUGUUGACUCUGAAUAACUGUGCAGUUGUUUUCAGAUAUCUGAAGGCUUAGGUGAGCUGCUAUUAUGAAGCUCACUAGAUGUAUGAGAGUGUUUAAUGGUAUUAAGCGUUUAUUUACCCGGAAGAGAAAGCUCAGAGAUGAGCCAACCAGCCCAAGCAUUGAUCAGGAUGUGGCACAUAUUCCUGCUUCUGCUGUCAUUUCAGCAUCCACCUCUCAUGUGCCCACUAGAGCACAGAUUCCUCCCAGCCUUCCAAGUUCAGCCCCUUUAAUUUGCUGUCAACUGUCACACGACCAUGAUGACACCAGUCCUCCAGAAGGCACGUGGAGAAAAGGCAUUGCAAACGUUAAGAACAAAACACUUCCGAAAAAGCCUGUAGGAACCUUUGGGGUCACCCUUGGUGACUGCCUGCCAGCUCACACGAAUCCGUACAUUCCACGCAUAGUUGAGAUCUGCUGCCAGUUAAUUAAGGAAAGAGGACUUCACCAUACAGGGAUUUAUAGAGUUCCUGGAAAUCAUGCUGCCAUCUAUAGGAUGCAAGAAGAACUCAGCAAAGGAAUGGCUGACAUCAAUCUACAGGAUGAUAAAUGGCAAGACUUGAAUGUUAUCAGCAGUCUGCUGAAACUGUUCUUCAGAAAACUCCCUGAGCCUCUCUUCACAAAUGAUAAAUACGAGGACUUUAUUGCAGCCAUUCGGAAAGAAGAUCCCCUGGAGCGUCUUAAAACAUUAAAAAGACUAAUUCAUGAUUUGCCUGAACAUCAUUACGAAACCCUUAAGUUUCUUUCUGCUCAUCUGAAGACAGUAGCAGAAAAUUCAGAAAAAAACAAGAUGGAACCAAGAAAUCUAGGCAUUGUUUUUGGCCCAACCCUUGUGCGACCGCCAGAAGAUAACAUGGCACAUAUGGUGACUCACAUGCCCGACCAGCACAAAAUUGUAGAAACCGUUAUCCAACAUCAUGACUGGUUUUUCCCAGAAGAAGGUGCAGAAGAGCCUCUUACAACAGUUCAGGAGGAAAACACUGUAGAAUCUCAGCCAGUGCCAAACAUAGUAAAUGUCCUAUUUGGCAGUCCUCUUGGAAGACUAGUCGUUAUAUGGCUGAGUUUUGUGUUUUUUUUCCUGAGUUUCCCUUUUCUCUUUCCUUCCCAGGGUUCUUGGGGAUCCGGAAAGGAUCAGUAUAGCAGGGAAUUGCUUGUAUCCUCCCUCUUUGCAGCGGCCAGUCGCAAGAGGAAAAAAACAAAAGAGAAAGCACAGCCAAGCAGCUCAGAGGAUGAGUUGGAUAACGUCUUUUUCAAGAAAGAAACUGCAGAAACCUGCAGUGAUAAUAGUAGUAAAGAGGACAGCAGAGGAGAGUCCAAAAGAGAGAAUGAUCCAGUGAGAAAGCAAAGAACUAGUGUUUCUAAGGAUAUUAGUAGCAAAAAAGACUCGCACGUGAGGAAAGAGGAAAAGCUGGCACCAAGGAAAGAGAAUGCGGCAUGUGGAGAGCCCUCGCUGCCCUCCAACUCAAAACACACCAAAUCACCUACUCUCGGCUACCGUCUCACCGUGCUUAAAGAAGGCCCCCAGAUCUCCUCUCAGCUCCCAGACCCCUCUUCUGGCCUUGGUGCUCUACUUAGCACUCCCUCCCCACCAUCCUUGAUGAGAUUGCCUGCUAAGAAAUCGUGCAGUCCAGAAAUUAAAUGCAAUGAGUUCCUGGCCAGUGCCAGUUCGACCCCCUCAGACUACUCGGCCACUGCCUACCUGACCAGCCUCGAUGGCAGCCGGCUAAGCCCAGAGGUACAGUCAGUUGCUGAGAGCAAGGGAGAUGAGGCUGAUGAUGAGCAGAGUGAAUUGAUCAGCGAAGGGCGACCUGUGGAAACGGACAGUGAAAAUGAUUUUCCGGUUUUUGCCACAGGUUUUCUUUCGGAGAAAUUCUUUUGCGGUAAGAUCCAAGAAAUGGUGAAGACAGGCCGGAGAAACUCCGAAGGAAGUGAAUUAAGUUGUACUGAGGGAAGUUUAACACCAAGUUUAGACAGCCGGAGACAGCCAUUUAGUUCACAUAAGCUUAUUGAAUGUGAUACACUCUCCAGAAAAAAGUCAGCUCGGUUCAAGUCGGAGAGUGAAGGUGUAGGUGAUACCAAGGAUGAGAAAGAAUCAUCCUCUGUAAUUAAAGUAUUUGACAUGAAGAAGAAAGGAAAGUCAACAGGGAAUUUGCUGGUGCCAGCUAGAAGUGAAUCAGAAAAACAUGAACCCACUUGGAGAAUUAAAAUAACUGACCGGCUAAAACUGAGGCUCAAAGCAUCUGCAGAUGACAUGUUUGGGGUGGGAAGUCAGAAAAAUAGCUCUGCAGAGAGUACUAAAAGGAAAAACAUCAGAAGACGACACCUCGGAGGGCAAAGUGAUUUUGCAGAAAUCAGUGUUUUAAAUGCUUGGAAGGUUCCUGAACAGAGGGAAAGAGAGUCUGAACUUUCUGCUGUGACUCGAUUAAAACCCAAAUGCCCAGCCCAAGACCUCUCCAUUUCAGACUGGCUCGCACGAGAACGCUUAUGUACUAGCACGUCUGACUUGAACACAGGAGAACCCGGAGAGCAUAGACUGGAGAACACUAAAACAGAAAUCUAUACAUCAGAUGGAGGCAGCUUCCCUAGCACCUUAAGUUUGACAAACAGACCCCUUUUUUCUAGACCAUCCCAAUCACCUGAACAAAUAAAUGGUGAAAGCUUCCAGAAUGUCAACCAAAAUGAUGCUCCUAUACCUGUUGCCAAUCCUCAAAAACCAUCCCUAACCCCAGGAACUAAAUCACAGUUUAUCAGUGUCUCUAAAAUGGAGGGAUGCGUCCACUACAGCAACUCAAAUGAUACUGUUACAUGUUCCAAUAACUCUGUAAAUAUGUUUCUGUACUAGAAUUGUUAUUAUGCAGCCUUCAUUUUGGGCUGGUUUCAUCAAUGUGCACUGUGGAAUGUCUUCACUGUGCAUUUCUAUGGUCAGAAGAACAUAAAGUUCAGAAAAAAUAUAUAUCUAUAUAUUUUAAAAAU